AUGUCCCACCACUGCCACGACGAACACCACGACCACUCUCAUGGCGGGGAGGGAGAACAUGACCAUAGCGACGACAUCACGCCCGCGCUGCAGUUUUCGCUGUACCAGCACAUUGACUUUGACGGGGUGGCGACGCUGAAUGAGGCUACUUACGGGUCAGGGAAGGAGGUAUUGAAGAAGACGUGGGCGGAGAGGUUGAGGGUUGAGCCUGAGGUUGAGAGCGAUGGGGAUGAGCAGUUGUUGGUGAAUGUGCCAUUUACCGGACAGGUCAAGCUGCAUAGUAUCUUGUUGAGGACAUCAGACAGUGAUUCUGCGCCAAAGACGAUGAAAGUUAUCAUCAACAGGGAUGAUGUCGAUUUUGAUGUUGCUGAGAGCGCAACCGCGACGCAGGAGUUUGAGUUAGCCCGGACGGGGGAGGUGCAGGAGGUUGCGGUGAGAAGAGCCCGCUUCAACGCCGUCCGCCGCCUGUCUCUCUUCUUCCCCGACAACUUUGGCGACGGGGACGAGGACGUCACGAGGAUAUCGUACAUUGGUUUCAAGGGGGAGUGGAUGCAGCUGGGACGAGCACCGGCAAACAUCCUGUACGAGGCGGCGGCGAACCCGAGUGAUCACAAGGUUAAGGGGGUGGGGGUUAACCAGAUGGGAAGUGACAUUCAGUAGUAAGAGUCAAUUCAUGAAUAAGAUGGGGGGUUGAUUUGUAAGAGACAAAAAAAACACUACAUGAAAUCAUCCUCCCAAUCUGACCCCCUGUCCUGGUUGCUGGACUGGGCCAGGUUCUCCUCGGUGAAGAUGUCGUCGUAGGCGUGGUCCUUUUGGUAUUUCUUCUCCUGGCGCUCUUUGGCGAUGCGGGCUUCUUCUUUUUUCUGUUUUUAUUUUUUUCCACACACACGUCAAUUAACCAAGUUAAAAGAGAUAGAAACGGGAGGGAUGACUAACCCUCGCCAGAAAAGCACUAUGAUCCC